AUGCACCCAUAUCUAUCUAACUAGCUGCCUCUCCUCAGUCCUCACUAACUCGACUCUCUCUCUCUCUCCGUUCACGGUUGAAGCUCGAAAGAAAGAGACAAGUACUUGCAGACAAAUCUCUGGUUUCAUGGCUUCUUUACCUCCCUGAAUUGAAUCUAGUCUUAGAUUCCUUAUCUUAUAUAUCUUUGGUGGUUUUUACUUAAUGCAUAUUAAAAUCACCCAUUAAAGCAAUCAUCUUGUUCUCUUCUCCUUGUUUCAUUUCCAGAUCUAUCAUUACAAACUUUGAUUUUGUUUCUUUCCUUUUGUUAUCUCUUCCUCAAAGCAGUUUUUCCAUAUUUCUCUUUGACAGUAUACAUAUAGAAUCUUUUUCAGGAACCUCAUUAUUUUACUCUAGAUUGAAUUCGCCUCAACACUGUACAAAAUUACCAAAAUGUCUCUGCCGUUGCUCCCUAUUUUUCUCUGCUUUUCCAUUUUCGUUCUCCUUUCGAGGCCUUUGGCAGUUUCCGGAGAGGUUACGUGCUCAGGGAUAGUUCCGGUGAGAUAUAGGAACGACAAGAUAUCGAUUACGGAUUUCGGUGGCGUCGGAGACGGGAGGACACUGAAUACCAAGGCAUUUAGCGAGGCAAUAUAUCAGAUUCAGCAUCUGAGAAGGAGAGGUGGCACGCUGCUUUAUAUACCUGCUGGGGUGUACUUAACGGAGAGCUUUAAUCUCACCAGCCACAUGACUCUUUACUUGGCUAGAGGUGCUGUUAUCAAGGCCACUCAGGAUACUUCGAAUUGGCCUUUAAUUGGUCCUUUGCCAUCUUAUGGAAGAGGAAGGGAGCGCCCUGGUGGAAGGUAUGUGAGCUUUAUUCAUGGAGAUGGACUUCGUGAUGUCAUAAUCACAGGUGAGAAUGGGACAAUUGAUGGACAAGGAGAUGUUUGGUGGAACAUGUGGAGGCAGAGAACUCUCCAAUUUACAAGACCUAGCCUUGUUGAAUUUGUAAAUUCCAGAAGCAUAAUCAUAUCCAACGUGAUCUUCCGAAAUUCUCCCUUUUGGAAUAUUCAUCCUGUUUAUUGCAGCAAUGUUGUUAUCCGAUAUGUUACCAUCUUGGCCCCACAUGAUUCACCCAAUACUGAUGGAAUUGAUCCAGAUUCAAGCUCUAAUGUCUGCAUAGAGGAUUCAUUCAUAUCUACUGGAGAUGAUCUUGUAGCUGUAAAAAGUGGGUGGGAUGAAUAUGGUAUUGCUUAUGGUCGUCCAAGCUCUGGCAUCACUAUCCGGCGAAUAACAGGAUCUUCUCCAUUUGCUGGAAUUGCAGUUGGAAGUGAAACCUCUGGUGGGGUGGAGAAUGUCUUUGCUGAAAACAUAAACCUCUAUGAUAUGGGAGUUGGCAUACAUGUGAAAACAAACAUUGGUAGGGGUGGAUUCAUAAGAAACAUUACCGUUUCUGAUGUCUACAUGGAAAAUGUUCGAAAAGGAAUAAAGAUUGCAGGUGAUGUUGGAGAUCAUCCAGAUGACGAUUAUAACCCAAAUGCUCUCCCAGUUGUUAAGGGCAUAACACUUAAAGGUGUUUGGGGGGAGAAGGUCCUUCAACCGGGUUCAAUACAAGGUGUGAAAAACUCUCCUUUUACCGGUAUUUGUCUGUCGAAUAUCAACCUUCAUGGCGUGCCAGGACCAAGAUCUACUCCUCCAUGGAAGUGCUCUUAUGUAAGUGGGGCUGCUCUUGAGGUGAGCCCAUGGCCUUGUUCUGAACUAGCUACCACAAGUCAGGUUGGUUCAUGUUCUGAUCACAUUUGAGAUUCUGUUAUUCUUUUUCAUUCUGUUUUGAAUAAUAAAAAUCAUGAAUUUGUGGUUCUUAAUAGGAAAUAAAUGUUCAUUGGCCUCUA